UUUUUUAAAACUAGGCUCUCUGUCCAAAGUCCCCUUGUCUCAAAAACACAAGUACCUAUCACUAUUCCCUUUCUUCAUUCUCCCCUACUCUCUUCCACUACAUACAAAUCCAAACCAUUAACCCUUCCUUAACUAAACUACCUUUUCUUCUUCUUCACAUUCAACAACACUCAACUUUCUUGUUUUUUCCACCAACAAAAACAUCACUUUUUCCACUUUUUGCAGAAACCACUACCACUGUUUUCUUUGAUCCAGCUAAAAUGGGUUGUUGCUAUUCAAGACUAGAGAGGGAAGAAACUGUGACGCAUUGCAAAUCAAGGAAACGUUACAUGAAAAACCUGGUACAAGCAAGACAUGCUUUUUCAGCUGCGCAUGUUAUGUACAUUCGAUCUCUUCGUUCAACUGGUUCAGCUUUGUUUCACUUUGCUAACGCUGAAAAAACCACUCAUGUUAAUCACCAUCUUCCACCUGAGCCACAGCCAAUUCUUCCACCUCCGCCGCCGCGUGCUCCGUCGUCAAUGCCUCCUCCUCCUCCACCGCCGAUGAGUCCGAGUUUGAGUUCUUAUACUUGGACUUCCGGGACGGGUUCGUCUCCUCUUCCUCCGCCUCCGCCGCCGCCUCCUCCUCCCCCGGUGAUGUCCUCCGGUUGGGAUUUAUGGGAUCCAUUCAUGCAGCAGCAGCAGCAGCAGCCUCCGCCUCCUUCGUCGAGGUCGGCUACCGAGGAAGAGUGGGAAGCUACGACAACUACUGGCUCUGAGGUGGUUGUGAUGGCUGGUGGGGCUGCGGCGAGUAUGGCGACUCCGUCGUCUGGUGUGGUGGGGUUUUCUAAGGAAACGCCUAGUGAGCUUGCAAUGGUGGUUUCUAGAAACAGUAAAGAUCUGGUUGAAGUUAUCAAAGAGCUUGAUGAUUACUUUCUCAAAGCUGCUGAUGCUGGCUCUCAUGUUUCAUUUCUGUUACAAGUUCCAACUUCUGGUUUUUCUGAUUAUAGUAAAGCAAGUAAAAUGUACGGAAAUGGAUGGAGUUUGAGUCCAUCAAUGUGGGCUUGGGGUUCUUCCAGUCCUAAAUUGAAUGGAUUUGGCAAGCUGACUCAGGAGGUUUCUGUUGGUAGUUUUAGGGCUAAUAAUGGUGUUGGAAAUGGUGGACAUUCCUCUACUGUUGAGAGGCUAUAUGCAUGGGAGAAGAAAUUGUACCAAGAGGUCAAGAAUGCUAAAUUAAUAAAGAUGGAGCAUGAGAAGAAGGUGGCAAUGGUAAGGAAGUUAGAGAUGAGAAGUGCGGACUAUUUGAGGACAGAAAAGGCGAAGAAAGAAGUGGAGAAAUUAGAAUCACAAAUAAUGGUUUCUUCGCAAGCCAUUGAUAGUACAUCGGCCGAAAUCGUCAAAUUAAGGGAGAUAGAGCUUUACCCUCAACUCAUUGAGCUUGUCAAAGGGUUGAUGUGCAUGUGGAGAAGCAUGUAUGAGUGUCAUCAAGUCCAGAUGCAUAUAGUCCAGCAACUGGAAUACCUUAAUACCAUCCCGUCAAAUAACCCGACGUCUGAAAUUCAUAGGCAAUCAACGCUUCAAUUGGAGCUUGAGGUACAACAAUGGCACCAGUCCUUUUGCAACCUCUUUAAAGCUCACCGGGAUUAUAUUGAAUCCCUCUCGGGUUGGCUAAGGCUCAGCCUUUACCAGUUUAGCCGAAACCCUCUUAGCAGAACAUCUGAGGAGUCAAAGAUAUACACUCUCUGCGAACAAUGGCACCUUGCUGUUGAGCAUAUACCUGACAAGGUAGCGUCCGAAGGAAUAAAAAGCUUGUUGACCGUUAUUCACGCGAUUGUAGUUCAACAGACGGAGGAACAUAAGCAAAAGAAGAAGUCGGACUACGCGUUCAAAGAGUUUGAGAAGAAGGUGGUUCAGCUUAGAUCCUUGGAGUGCAAGUACGGUCCUUACUCCAUGUCGGAACGGUCUGGUUCUGUGAGAAGAACGAAGGACCCUGUCGUGGAGAAGCGAGCUAAGGUGGAAGCUAUGAGAGCGAAGGCUGAAGAAGAGAAAACAAAGCAUGAAAAGGCUGUGAGUGUGACAAGGGCAAUGACACUGAAUAACUUGCAAAUGGGUUGUCCUCAAGUUUUUCAAGGGAUUGUAGGGUUUUCAAGUGUGUGCAUGGAGGCUUUUGAGUCUGUAUACAACAAAGCUAAAGUUGCCGAACAAGAGCGCGACGUGAAGAGAAUAUUACCAUAGGAGAAAUUACUUGGGUAUGUAUAGAUAGAUGAUCAAUCCCAUUUUGCCCAUGUGAUAUGUAGAUUGCAAUGUAGCACUUUCACUUAAGAUUGAAGUCUCAUCUUGUGUUCGACGUCGACACCACACCAACCAUCCGCAGUUACAUUCAAAUAUAUGACUUUUCAAAUUAUUAAUGAUGUCGCAGUGUCAAAUGUAGAUGUUGUAUCAUGAACUGUGGUAUACUGAUACCCCUGCAAACCAACUGUGAUGAAGGUGAAUGAAAGAGUGAAAUACAAUUGCCUUUUUUUUAA